AUGACACAAGCGCGUUAUUCGAUCCCAUAUUUCUGCGGGCCAGAUACGGAUAAAUCGAUAGAAGUUCUCGAGGAAUGUGCACAGGAGGGAGAGAAAAGGAAAUACGAAGCAAUCGUGGUAGGAGAAUAUUUCAAAAUGAGAAGCGCGUUGGCGUAUCAGAGGAAUAAUGGGAACACGAGUUUCGAACUAUCUGCUGCGAUUGUGAAAUAUCAAUAA